UCCUCCACCUGAUUUUUCAUCAAUACAUCUCACUAAUCAUGAUGAACUACUGUUACCAAAGAAUGAAAGUGAAAUCACCGUUCAUCAUAUUUGGUGUGAGAUAUUCAAACAAAAACAAAUCUCAACUGACACUGGUAUCUUCAGUCUUGGUGGUCAUUCACUUGUGAUCAUGCAACUCUUUCACCGAUACAAAACUCAAUUUCAUCUCAAAACAAAUUCUCUUUCUAUUAGUAGUCUAUUUCAACAUCCAACAAUUAUCGAUCAUGCUCAACUCAUUCAACAAUCUAUCAAUAUCAUUCACACUCUUGAUGAUUAUUCUUGGUUUUCAUUAUAUACCAUAAAAGCUAAAUCAUCAUUUGCACAAGAACGCAUCUUCUUAGAUGAACAGAUUCGAUUCUCAUCAACCGAUAAUAAUACUAACAUGUAUGUUAUUCCAUUGAUGUAUCACAUCUUAUCUAUGAAUGAUCAUAUAUCUAUUUCACGAUUACAACAUGCAUUUCAAUCUGUCAUUUUAAAACAUCAAGUUCUUCGAACAGCAAUCCAUCUUGAUAUGAAUGGUGUUCUUGUGCAAAAUUGUUUAGCUGCAAAUACUAUUAUCAAUGAUAAGAAAUCAUCUAGAUUUUCAAUAAUUAAUCUCCCCGAUGAAGAACACGAGCAGAAUGAAAUUGUAAAGAAGAUUUUGAGUCAAUCAAACUUGUUUGAUUUAUCAAAAGGACAUGUUAUUAAUUGUCAUAUUCUUCGUCGUGAUCAAUCAAAUGGUUCAUUGCCUGAGAAUAAUGAUCUAUUGUCUAAAGAUGAUUUAAUCUUAUUUACUAUUCAUCAUGCUUGUUUUGAUGGGGCAUCGAGAUCAAUCUUCACUCAUGAUCUUUCUCUUGCUUAUCAAUCUAAUGAGUUGCUACCUAUAGAUGAUAAUUUUUUACAAUAUAUCGACUAUUCUGUUUAUGAACACAUAAUGAAUAUGGCAUUAUCUCAAGAGUUUUGGCUAUCAGAACUCAAAGGGUAUAAUCUGUCACGUCAAUUAUCAUUACCUGUUGAUCGACAACGUUCGUCGACUGAGCAACGAUCAGGUUUAGCUUCUACAGCACAAAUCACUUUUGAUGAUGAAAUAUGUACAUCAUUUCUCAACUAUGCAUCAUCACAUCAUCUCACACUCUUUCAACUUGGAUUAUCUAUAUUUUAUGUAUUUCUAUUCAAAUUAAGUCAUGGUGAGACUGAUUUAUGUAUUUCUUCUAUUAAUGCUAAUCGAUAUCGAAGUGAAUUGGUAAAUAUGAUAGGAAUGUUUGUUUCAACGUUACCAUAUCGUGUUGAACUUGAUCCUCAGUGGUCAUUUGAUGAAGUAGUUAAAUAUGUGCAAGAAAAAUGUUUAUCAAUUCUUCAACAUUCUCAUUAUCCACUUCAACAUAUUCUUAGUGAUUUAUAUCUCACUCAAUCGAAUCUUUCAUUUCUUGAAACAAUGUUUGAUUUUAUCACGGUAUCAAAAGAUGUUAAUUAUUUAUCUUUGAAUGGUGUCAGUUUAGAACAAAUAUCGUUACAUGAAUCAUGUGAAAUGGCUAAGUUUGAUUUCUCAUUGACAUUUAUAUACAAUUCAUCAUCUGAUGAUAAUCAUUUAUCGUGUUCUUUUGUGUGUUCACGUGAUCUACUUAAUGAAAGAACAGUCAUAACCUUAAGUCAAAGAUUAAAAUAUCUUUGUGAACAAAUUUUUUUAUCAAAUUCGAUCGAGAAAUCCGACUACACAUGUUCAAUAUCUAUAUCACAACUUAAUCUUAUUUUAUUAGAUGAAAUGAAACAGAUGCGAGAUAUUAUGUUUUGCCCACAAAGAAAUAUUACAAAUGAAGGACAUGCUUUACAAAAGUAUGUCUUAACUUGUAAUAAUAAUUUGUCUACAAAAUACUUUAAAAUCGAAAGUCUGAUGGAUAUAUGGCGCUCAUAG